AUGGAUGCGCAUGGUGCAGGCUCCUCCGGCCUGAUGACGCCGAGCGAGCUGGCGAAUGUGCUGCUGGAAGCUUUCAAGACGCUGUUGAGCGAGUCGGAGAGCUAUGUGCUCUACUUUGAGCAGCGAUUCCGCCUCGAAGAGGAGCACCUGCGUGCGCUUAAGAGCAUGCUCGAAAAGCAGCGGGACCUGGAUCUGCGCAUUAACCAUAAGCUGGCCGUUACGCCGGGGCUGUUGCCGGAUGUGAACAGCCUGUCGGGGCUGCGGAACACGUGGGGCGACGUGCGCCUGAGCGAGAUGUGGGCGGUCGACCUGCGCCUGCAGUCGCUCCUGGAGUGGAAGCGCUCGACGCUGCAGCCGAUUGUGCAGUUCCGCGAUGCGCAGGAGCGCAUCCGGCGGCGCGUCAAGGACGACCUGAAAAACUGCGUCGACGACUACGACGAAAUGCGCGGCUCGACCCUGCCGCGCAUCCGCAAGAUUUAUGAAAAGCGGUGCGAGGAGCUCGAGUUUUACCGCCACCAGCAGCGUGCGAUCGAGGAGCAGCGCAUGCUCCUCUCGACGCCGCUGCAGGAGCCGCGCACACCGACCGAGUCGGAGACGAUCCGGCCCGUGCAUGACAGCGGCACAGCGAGCCCGGGCAUCCUGUCGCCCCCCGCGACGGAUGGGGGCAACGGCUACUUUGCGGGCACCGCGAGCCCGGGGCAGGUGACGUCGCCCCACGGCCGGCCGCAUUUCUUGGAUGGGCUGCGCAAAAAAGAGGCGUGGGACGGCGCGCCAAAGCGCCUAAACGCGCUCUUUACCCGCAUGCUCGACGUGUCCUCUGAAAAAGGCGCCGAUCCUUCCGUGCCGGCGCCGGCCGCGACCGACGGCAUCAGCCCGAGCACGUCGCUCGGCGCGGCGCCCGAAGUGCUCCCGGCCACCUCCCAAAAGUCGCAGCAGAUCCUCGCUGUGAAGCAGGCCAAGGCGAAGCGCGACGUCGACGAGGCCGACCGCGCGUACCGCAAGGCGAUCUUUGACCUCGAGACGCUGCGUAUCCGCCUGAACAAGACGCUGGCGGCAGCCAACACGUCGCUGCUCGAGUGGCGCAAGGAGCUGGCCGUGACGAUGCACCGCGCGUGUCUGCAGCAGGUGCGCGAUACAAUGUCGAUCCGCACCUCGAUCGAGUCCGUGCACAAGCAGGACGAGCAGCUGGCGCUGCACAUGCUCGACCAUCUCGACGCGGAGCAGCGCAUGUGCGAGGACUGGCUGCCGAGCACGCGCUCGCUCGUGCAGGAGGAGCGCAUGCAGUACGUCAACUACUGGCACGGGCCGUACAAAGACCUGAUCUUUGGCACGGGCCUCGUCGAUUAUGCCUUUUCGCACGGCGAUGCGACCACGGCCUCGACCACGACCGGCACCGGGCUGAUUGUGCCGUCGGUGCGCCCUCCGCUGAUCGUGUCCAAGUGCAUCCAGUUCAUGGAACACCCGCGGUGCCUCGCGACGCCGGGCAUCUACCGCCUGAGUGCCAAGUACUCCCGUGUGCAGGAGCUCACGAGCAUGAUUGAGCAGGACGAGGCGCGCUUCACCUUUGAUGCGGAGCGCGAAGAGGCCGUGAUGGUCGCGAGCAUCCUCAAGCUGUACCUGCGCCAGCUCCCCGAGCCGGUCAUGACGAUGCGCUGGGAAGAGCGCAUCAAGUAUACGCACGAGCGCGACGAGCACAUCCGCAGCGGCUUCACCUUCUUCAAGUCGCGCAUCCGCCGCAUGCCGCCGAUCCACCAGGCGACGCUCCGUGCGCUCCUGAUGCAUCUGGCGACCGUUGCGGCGCACGCGGACAAGAACAAGAUGACCGUGGCGAACCUCGCCGUGAUCUUUUCCCCGGUCAUUCUCUCCGAGACAGACCACGAGACGACGAGCCUCGCCGCAGCGGCAGAAGAAGACAAGACGAUGGAGGAUUUGAUCGUCUACUGCGCCGAGAUCUUCUCUAUGCCCGCCGGGCGCAACUCGCCGCUGCCGCCGGUGCCGGUGGAGAAGGAAAAACCCCUGCAGCGCGACAUGUACGAUCGCCGCCGCCAGGCCAUGUCGUGGGACAGCAACGCGACACAGCUCGAGCACGCGUUCCAGAUGUCCGACCACGGCAGCGAGUCGCAUCCGCAACAGGUCGACGUGACGGACCUCAAUGUGCCGCAGCUGCUCGACGUGCGCAAGCAGCUCGAGCUGGAGCUGAAGCAGUUUACGGCCAUGUUUGGGCAGCUGAAGCUGGCACAGACGCGCUUCCAGGGAUGCCUCGACUCGGUCGACAAGAUCCGGCCAGAGAACCAGGACAAGGUGUCGCUCCUUCCGCUCACCGCCUCGCUGUACGUGCCGGGCCGGCUCAGCGAUCCGAAUACGGUGAUUGUCGAUGUGGGCACAGGGUACUUUGUCGAAAAGACGCGCGACGAGGCACGGAAACUCUACCAGGACAAGAUCGCCUACGUCACAAAGAACAUGGAGCAGCUCCAGGAGACGAUCCACCGCAAGCAGGAUAAUGUGCGCGUCGUCGGAGAGGUCAUGCAAGUGAAAGCGAUUCAGCAGCGCGAGACGGCGUAG